AUGGAUAACGUCACCAGUAGUAGUGCCAUGGAGAAUUCCAGGGCUAGGUCGGAAACCCCGUCCACGAGUUCCCCCCAGAAUGCCUACCGCAUAUUGACGAUACCUAAUUUGAAGGAGCUGCAAGAAAAAGACAACAAGAGCCGGUUGAGCUUAAGGCAGAGUCUGUGGAAGUACUACAACAAUGACCUAUAUACCGACUUUGAGAAACAGGUUUUGCGGUUAAAGCCCAGCGAUUGCUCAAUUAUACAGAAGUACUCGCAGAUCGAGACGUUCCCGCUUGAGGGUAAUGACCAUAUGACUGAGAUCACCCUGGCCACCAUAUAUAGCGACCAUCCACUUCGUGAGUUCCACAAAAGGUCGAUGAAAGAGCUGGAAAGCACAGACUUACCUGGUUUGAAGAAGGCGCAGGCGCAGCUUGCAAAGAUUGAUACGUUGCCGUUGCUCGUGUUUAUCCAUGGAUUGGGAGGACAAUUAUCCCAGUUCGAACCCAUACUCCAGGAGUUCCGGAACUGUGCGGACAUUUUUGGGAUUGAUUUACCUGGGUUUGGAAACUCCAAGAGGCCAAGCCGAAACGAUGAGAUAAAGGGAGUGUAUUUCUCAAGGCUUUCCACCUUCAAAGACGAAGAGCUAGACAAGUUGGAGUCUUCGUUGAACCAGAUGAAGGAUGAAGAUUUUCAGACAGUCAAUCUUGUGGAAAUGAUCAGACAGAUUCUGUUAAAAAAGUUCCCAGACAGGCGCUAUCUUUUUGUGGCUCACUCGAUGGGGACACAUUUGUCUUUGAAAUUGAUCAAUAAGCUUCCUGACGGUAAAGUCGAUUCGCUAAUAAUGAUGUCUCCACCUAGAAUCAACCCCAAUGAAAGUGGAAUGGAUCCGCAGGUUAUGAACCGAAUACCGUGGAAACGCAGACUGUUUCUGAGGUCCUGCAGCUAUUUCCCCCGACUUUUCGAUUACUUUCGAUUCUUUGACCGAUACGGCGGUCUGUAUUCGAAAAGUGUGGAGAGUUACAUAUAUCCUGAGGAGGGAGAUAUUUUGAAGAGGUUAACGCAAUUCAGGUGGAACUUGGACACAGACUCUGUGAUCUUCUUGAAGUAUCUUAUUGGGUUCAGCUGUGUACAACAGUCGGAGUUGAUCUGUGCAGCAAAAAAGCUGAACACGAAAGCCAUGUUUCUCUGUUGUGGAGACUAUGAUAAAGUUACGAAGAUAGGGGAUUCGGAGGAGAUUUUCGAGAUUUUGAGUGGAGUGGAGGGGUUCAAAAUCAAGUUUGAAACCAUACCGAAUUCAAAUCAUUCUCUAUUUUUGGACAAGCCUAAUCUUCUAGCCGGAGUGACGUACAAAUUUGUUGAGGAAUUAGACCUCAAUAUCAGCUGCACCUGGGUGCUACAGGUGAAGGCGAUGAUUUCCGGGGAUAAGUGGGGGUUGAAAAACCAGGCCAAGUGGAACAAGGUGAUCACGCUGUCAAAGCCUAUAGUGAACGGGACCUCGAAGGACAAGCCGAAGAGCUUUUUGCUUGGGAUGAAGACGUUGAGGCAGACGGACGAGGUGCACAACCCGAAGAACUUUGAGAAGAUGCACCCUGAGAUAUAUGCAGUCAUUGACAUCGGGUCGGACACGCCGUCGUACGACCCCGCGGAGUUCGGACGUAUCAAGUACGUGAAAUACAAGACGGAGUCCAAGGUGACGCCGGACGAUGUCACGAUUGUGAGGUUUCUCGAGACGGUGGGCGAGUUGCCACGGGAGCGGGACAACGAGGGGCAGUUUGUCGUUGUGCACUGCCACUACGGGCAGAACCGGACCGGGUUUUUGAUUUGCUGCUACUUGAUUGAGAAGCUUGGGUGGAGUGUGAACGAGGCGAUCGAUGCGUUUGCGGUGAGCAAGCCGCCCGGGAUCAAGCACGUGCAUUUCAAGAACGCGCUGCACUUGCGGUACCACGAGUAG